CGGGACAUGAAAGGAAGACACCCACACUCCCUUCCAAUGGCUUAGAAAUCCGAGAGACGAGCCUGCGAUGUUGGCGGAGGGAAACACACCCAUUUGGGCAGGAAUGAUGGGGGCGCAACGCGAGAGUUCCCACGGUUGCUUCCUGGCUUCCCGCCACGAGCACAACGGCAUCAGCGGCGUUACUUCUCUCGGCCUGGAUCCCAUGGAAGCGAUUGCUGCUAGCUGCCUGACUAGUCGGUCAUCCGUUCUAGAAGCGUCCUUCCCGCGGGCCAGGAAUCGGAGCACUGCGCGUUUUAUUAAUGACUGAUGCAGCUUUGGGAACUUGUACAAAAGGACUGGGUGCUUGAUGGGUGUUGCCUCACUUCGCAGCAGCAGUAGCAGCAGCAGCACAUCCUCCCAGCGACAUACAGCUCUUCGAGUCACACAUACACACAACAUAUCCGACCAUGCGUUGCUCCUCCACUCUCCUCGCCAUCGCUCUUGCCUUCUCUUCCAUGGCGGCAGCAGCUCCAGUGACACUCGAAGCCCCCUUUUCCGAGACGUCCGCCGUCAGCACCAGUGCGGCUCCAGCUGCAGAUUCCGUCGUUCUGUCCAGCCAGGAACAACAACAACAGCCUAUUCCAUCAGCCGUGCACGGCUCUGAUGCAUUCCAUCUGGCUGAAAAGAGUCGGCGCCGGAGCUUCCGUCGUCGCCACCCUUGAGGAGCACUGCGGACUGAGCGGCCCGGCUAUCUAUGUCCACGAGCGAUCGUGAAGUAUACCCAUUGUACCAUCUGAUACCCCAUGAAUCAUCAAUUGAACUCGAACGAUACCUCCCUCCUACCUAGACCGGGAACCCAGCGAUGUAUUUUUACGAACACAAUUUUGUUACGAGAUCACAAUGGAAUGAAUUGCCGAAAUGGAUUGCUGAGAAGCCUCAACUGGAGAGUUCAACAG